AUGUCCAUCAUCGAAAGCACGAACCCCGCCAUCUACAUCUUCGCCGAGACGCGCCACGACCGCGGCCUCGGACCACCAUCUACGCGCCCUUUGAGCCAUGAAUGGCUCACCAUUCUGGUCAAUGGUGUCACUGACACAGUGAUUCUCAUGCUUCCGUACACUCAAGCCGCACUGAACACGGUUGACCACCCUCGCGCCGACGCGUGGCUCUCCAUAGUACGCGGACCGAAGCUUCGUCAAUGCAGCCUCCGCGACGACCAGAACGGGCUGCUCCUGCAGCUUGUUCUCGCAUACAGCGCGUUUGUGAAGAACUCCCCAGCCGUUCAAAACGUCGACUUCCACCUGUUCGUCGACACCCUAUCCCUCUUCAUAGGAGAACUCGAUGCCCACGACUCUGCGGACCCGCUCUUGUUCGCGAUGAGCGUAUUCAUGCUCGAUAUCAUCCCUGAGGUCAUAUAUCCGGACCAAGAUUUACUGGCUUGUGCACGCGCUGCACUCGCGGCCUUGGAAGAUGACGCCAACGUCUCACCCGUCCUCGCGUCUGAGCCCGUCCUCACGUUCGAGCCCACCCUCGCGUUCGAACCCGCCCUUGCGUCCAUGCCCACCCUCGCAUCUGCGCCCACGCCCGCAUCUGCCCUCGUGUCCGCGCCCACACCUUCAUCCUCAUCCACAUCCACCCUCACGCCCGCACCCGCCCUCACCCUCGGCUCUGCACUCACGCUCGCGCUCGCGCCCGCGUCUAAUCUGGCGCCCACGCCCACCCUCACGUCUGCACCCACCCUCGCGACCGUCCUUGCGCCUGCCCUUGCGCUCACCGCAACUCUCACACCCACGCCCGCUGCAACCCUCACGCCUGGCGCACCUGCCACAAACCUCACGCCUGUGCCCACACGCGUCCUCGUGACAGUGUCCACCAUCGCGCCUGCGCCUGCCAUCGCGCCCAACAGCGAGCACUCAGGCGUGCCCGCUUUAACCACUGCAGUUCGCACGCGUUUCAACGACGCGAUGGAAGCUGCGUACAUGGGGAGCGAGUGGGUUGCAGUGGCGAGGGAGGAUGCGGGUGAGGACUCUGACGGGUCUCUGCCACCACUGCGCACCCCGUCCGACUCAGACGACGAGUCUGACAAGUACGAAGAUGAUGGCUGGUGA